AUGAUAGGAUAUAGUAGGGUUCUCGUAAAAAAAAAACUUUGGCUAUUUAAAAAAAGGUUGCAUAAUAAAACAUUUUUAUUCCUGAACAAUUCAUAUAAUUUUUCAAGCUCUGUAGAAAAUUUGCGAAAUAUUGGAAUUAGUGCACACAUAGAUGCAGGAAAAACUACAUUAACAGAAAGAAUAUUAUAUUAUACUGGAAAAAUAAAAAGCAUCCACGAAGUCAGAGGAAGUGAUGGAAUAGGUGCAACAAUGGAUUCCAUGGAUCUAGAAAGAGAAAAGGGAAUUACAAUACAAUCAGCGGCAACCAACUGUAAUUGGGAUGUGAAUAAUAAAAUAUAUACUAUUAAUAUAAUUGACACUCCUGGGCAUGUUGAUUUUACUAUUGAAGUAGAAAGAUCUUUAAGAGUACUGGAUGCAGCUAUUUUAGUUAUUUGUGGAGUUUCCGGCGUACAAAGUCAAACAUUAACAGUGAAUAGACAAAUGGAUAGAUAUUUCAUCCCAAGAAUUCUUUUUAUAAAUAAAUUAGAUAGAGAUGGAGCAAAUGUAGAAAGAACAUUAAGUACUAUUGAAAAGAAAUUGAACUUAAAUACUAUUUUAUUACAAAUUCCCAUAGGAAUUGAGCAAAAACUUAAGGGAGUGUAUGAUUUAAUUGAAAAAAAAGGUUAUUUAUUUAAAGGAAAAAAUGGUAUAUUCGUGGAAGAGAUAAAGGAAGAGGAAAUUUUGAAGUAUGAUCCCUCCUUUUCCUUUCAAACGAAAGAAUUGUUAAGAAAUAGAAUUUUUGAGAAGUUAGCAGAUAUAGAUGACGAAUUUGCAGAAAUUUAUUUAAACAAUGAUAUAAAUGACAUUAAAAAUUGUGAUGUAUAUGACGCUAUUCGUAAAUGCACAAUUAAAAAUAAAUUAGCCCCUAUUUGUUUAGGUAGUGCAAAAAAUAAUGUUGGUGUGCAAAUUUUGUUAAAUUACGUUUGUAAUUUUUUACCUUCACCAAAGGAUAUCAAUAAUUACGGUUUUAUUUAUAAAGAAAAUUCUAAUGAAAAUAAAAGUAAUCAGAGUGAAAAGGAUGAAGAAAUUUUUAAUGUUGAAAAUUCAGGUGAAAAUCUUAUGAAAAAUAAAAAUAAGAAAAAGGUGGAACUAAAAUGCGAUAACACUUUGCCUAUGGUAGGUUUUUUAUUUAAAAUACAAGAAGAUUCUAUGCAUGGUCAAAUGAGUUAUUUUCGAAUAUAUCAAGGGAAAAUUAAAAAGAAAGAUAUGAUAACAAAUAUGAUAACAAAUAAAAAAGAAGUGGUAAAAAAAAUUAUGAAAAUGCAUUCUAAUAUGGCAAAAGAAAUUAAUGAAGCAUAUGCAGGAGAUAUAGUAGCUAUAAAUGGAAUUAAUGGAUCUACAGGAACAACAUACACCAAUGGAAUAAAUGCGAAUUUUCAUUUAUUAAAUAUAUGUGUUCCUAAACCUGUUAUAUCAGUUGCUGUGGAAAUUUUAAAAAAGGGAGAUAUGACCAAAUUAACAAAAGCCUUAAACAAAUUUACAAAAGAAGACCCUACUUUUUAUGUAAAGACAGAUGAACAAACAAAAGAAACAAUUUUUGAAGGUAUAGGAGAAUUACAACUCGAAAUUUAUAAAGAAAGGUUAAAAAGAGAAUACAAUAUUAAUGUUAAUUUAAAAAAUCCAAAAAUUAACUUUAAAGAAACAAUUACAAAACCGUAUGAAUGUUCAUAUACUUAUAAAAAACAAAAAGGAGGUGCUGGAUUAUAUGCACAUGUUCAUGCGAUUUUCGAAACAAUUUCUGAUAAUUAUAAUGAUACUACUCAUUGUAUAUUUGUAAAUGAAGUAAUAGGUAAUGACUUACCAAAGAACUUCAUUCUUUCUAUUGAAAAAGCUUUUAAAGAACAAAUAGAAAAAGGAUAUUUAUACAAUUCAGAAAUUAUUAAUAUGAAAAUGAGACUAAUUGGUGGAAAAAUUCAUGAAGUAGAUAGUAAUGAUUUAGCAUUUAAAAAAGCAACUAUAAAUUUAAUUAAAGAAAAUUAUCAUAAUUUCUGCCCUGUACUUUUAGAACCAAUUAUGCUUGUUGAAAUUAUAUCAAAUUAUGAGCAUCAAAGCAAUAUUUUAACAAGUAUAACAAAAAGAAAAGGGCUAGUAAUUAAUAUUGUUAAUAAUAUGAAUAUAAUUUAUAUUUAUGCAGAUAUUCCAUUAAAGCAUAUGUUUAAUUAUAUAAAUGAAAUUAGAGCUAUUACACAAGGACAAGGUACGUAUACGAUGGAAUUCGCCAGAUAUGAGCAAGUUAGCAAAAAUGAUCUAGAUGAAAUCUUAAAACAAAAAAAUAAUAAAUAA